UUUAUAUAACAUAUAUAUAUAAUUCAUUAAAUAUAAGUAUAUAUAAGCAUAUAAUAUAGAAUAUCCAUUUUUUAAAUAUUAGUAUUUGUGAUUUACUUUAUUUUUUACGGAUAUUGCAUAUUAAUAUUUGUUUUUUUCGUAGAGUUACAUAUAUCCAGAUUUUUUGUUCAAAUAGAAAAGAAUAACAAAUCAAAUCAAAAUUUACAAAUAUUUUAACAGCCCUACAUAUAUGGGCACAUUGACGUGAAUACAUGUAUAACUAAAUAUUCAUAACAAGUGAAAAUUUUUAAUUCUCUUGAAAGCUGAAAUAUUCAUUUUUUAAUGUUUCCAUUCACCAUAGACCAAAAUGUAAUGAAAUGAUUUGUCUUAAUAAUUUUUUUCUUUUCUUCAAUUAUUAUCUAGAUUUGAUUUGAUUUUUCAUGCAUUUACAAAUUAUAAUAUGAAACUAUUGGUUUGACAUCAGAACUCAUUCAUGUAACAAGAAACCAAACAAAUAGUUUUUGGUUAUCAUUGAAAAAUCUAAAAACUUCGAGUAUUUUAACCGAAUAAACAGAAUAAAUAUUGAUUUUGGAAUGGUAGUUAUAUUUUAGUAGAUUAAAAAUAAAAAAACUAACCUAAAACUGAACUGAUAUCGAGAUUAAAGAGAUUUAAUAUCUUUUUAGCCUCAAAAAUAAAAAAAAAAUCUUUUUUUUGGGUCAAAUAUAAAUAAAAAAAAUUCAUUGUGGGCAAGGCCCAUGUUAUUACCUAGCUAAAGUAAAAGAAGAUUCACUAAAAGCAGCCUAAAGUUUCACGCUUUUCCUGAAGCAUCCGAAUAUACUUUUUUUUUUUUUUUUGCAACACAUCCAAAUAUACUAUAUAAAGUUAUAUUUAUAUGCGUUGACCAUAUUUUUCUUAUUAUUGUUUGACACUGAGCCUCAUUUCUUUCUAAUACUAUGUUUAUCUUAUUAUUAAAAUUCGAAUAUUAUAGGUUGUAAUAUAUAAAAAUGUCUAAACUCCGAACUAAAGAAAUCUUUGUCGGUUUCUAAAUAACAAAAAAAAGAUCUAGAAGGCAGGAGCUGAAGAAAUUUGUUCUGCUAAAAUGAGACUAAAUAUUAGCUCCAUUUUGGUAUUUAUUCGGGUUUGGUUCAAGUUCAUAUAGUUCAUUUAAAUUAUUUUUAAAAUUUUAAAGUCUAUAUAUUUAAAAAAAAUUAAAAUCUAAAAAUAAUACAUAACAUAUAAAUUUAAAUAUUGUAUUCCAAAAUACCUAAACUUAACAUAAAAAAAAUUAAUUUGACUUGGAUAUUUGGAUGGAGAGAAUCAAUAGACAUUUCAAAUAUUUUUAGUGUUUUAAGUAUUGUUUAGCUAUUUGAGAUAUUGGCUUUUGACUAUUUGUAUAUAUUUAAAAAUAUUUGGACACCUUUAAAAUAUCUUAUAUAUUUUAAAUAUUUUUGAUUAUUAAAUCUAAAAAUAAUAUAUUUAGGUUAUUAGGUAUAUAAAUCUGAUUCAGAUACAUUUAUAUACUCGGAAUAUUUUAGUUCGGGUCAUGUUCGGUUUGAUUCUCUAAAUACAAAUAUUUUAAAUCAUCGUAGAUAUAUAACCUGGCAUUAGUCGAAAGAUAUUCCAAACUCGAAUCAAGUAGUGUGGUACAAUUUCGGGUUAGUCUACUCUAUAGUAUUAAGUGUACUUUUUCCGAAACCAACCAGAACAGGCGAAAGGACUUAUCAGAAAAAUCAAACCAAUUUUGUUUCUUGUUUGGUACUAUUUUUUAGUAUCGGAUUUGGUUCGGUAAUUCGAAUUCAAGUUUUUGUCAUCACAAGAUUGCGCUUUGAACAAAAAAAAGUGCUUUGCGCAAUUUACAAGUCAAGUCCACGUAGACACAACGUGUGAACACGUCUUUAUGGGACCCAACAGAGUUUCUCUAUGCAGGGCCACUUUGUUUUCACACUCAAUGCUGAUUGGUUCCAACUCCAAUUCGUUCCUUCUUAUGAUUUUUUUAGCCUGCUUUGCUAAUUUUCCCAAUUAAAAGUUACAUAUCAAAUGCACAAUUCUCAAAAUCAAAUAUCGAAAAUGUUGAUUACAGUAAUUUCCAAAGUUUAUAUACAGAUCAGUAUUGAUGUUUGUUCUUGAAAAGAAGACGAACUAUACAUUUUAAACAUGCCUUUUUGUUGUUAUGACAUUCGAUUAUAUUAAAACUUCAAUCAAGUAGUACAUAUGUCAACUAUACUCACAUAAUGCUAUAGGGCAAUAGUUACAUUCUCGGAUUGAAAUCUUCAAAUGCGUUGUUUCAUUUGAUUCGGGACGCAAUGAAUUUAACACAUGGUAAAAUUCCAUAGACAUGUAUGAAUUAGUUGAUUUUUUUUAUUUUUUAAUUAAAUGAAGGGGGUAUUGACUUGAGAACAUAACGAAAUCUGAGUGGAGAUGGCAAUUGUCAACGCGUUUAUUUGAUACGGAUCAUGAUUACUGGAGGUUUUCAGAGAGUGAGGUUCUCAACGGAAUAUAAAAAUCCGUCUCUUAAUUUUUAACUAAAAAAGCUAUGAACCGGUUCUUAAAUAAGAGUUUUAAGAGCUGUUUCUUAGUUUUUUUUAGUUAAAAAUUAAGAGACGGGUUCUUAUAUUCCGGUAAGAAUUCCACUCUAAGAACUUCCAAUAAUGAUGCUAAUAUUUUACUCGGAUGCAUUCAUUUUCUUAGAUAUAUCAUAUAUGCAUUUGUUGUUGUAAAGAAACAUUAGGCCAUCUUUAACGCAAGAUCUAAUGGGUUUGGUCCAUUUGUUACACUAUUUUGCGGGCCCCACGACACGUGGCGGAUUGCGAUUGGUUCCAUUUUUAAUUGUUUUUUUUUAAUCAGAUAAAACAAAAAAAAAAAAAAAUUAGAAACCCAAACGGGUUUUACCAGAUAAUCAUGCUCUUAGUGUAUACAACAUACACAUGACGUCAUCACGUCAUUGACUUCACCACAUAUAUAACCCAAAUGAUAUUGGCCAAACUAUCAAACACAAUAAUAUUUCAAAUCUAAACAACAAACAAAAAUCUUUGUUCUUGUGCCUUUUUCAUAUUAUUUAGCCAAGAAUAGGGCUUCUUCUUCUUUUUUUUCUAGAAGCUCCUCUCUUUUCUCCCAAUUUUUUAUUUUCAUUUUUUUUUUGUUAGUACUAAAUCACAAAUGGAAGUAGCUUUGAACAUGAAUGGCUACACAGAAGAGUUCAUGCAAGCUCUUGAAUCGUUCAUGAAGGUAACUACAUCAUCAUCUUCUUCUUCUCCAUCUUCAUCAAAACAAGAACCAUUAACUCCCAAUAACCAAACCGGUCCAAUUGGGCUAAACCAGCUCACUCCCACUCAAAUCCUCCAAAUUCAAAGAGAGUUACAUCUCAGACAAAACCAAGCUCACCGUCGUGGCGAUAGUGCCCAUAACCUCCAUCUUCUCAACGCUAAACCAGUCCUAAUGAAGAAAACCGACGUAACUACACCGGUUAAACUAUACCGAGGCGUAAGACAACGGCAUUGGGGUAAAUGGGUUGCUGAGAUACGGUUGCCUAAAACCCGAACCCGGUUAUGGCUUGGUACGUUCGAAACCGCGGAAGAUGCUGCAUUAGCUUACGACGAAGCUGCACGUAAGAUCAGAGGAGAAAACGCGCGUCUCAAUUUCCCAAACAAUGGAGAAUACAGACAGACCUUGUCUCCUACUGUCAACGCUAAGAUCGAAUCCAUCUUCAAUACCUCUGAUCUUCCCAUGCAUGAGCUCAAGAAACCGGCCAAAACAGAGGAAGGGUUCAUUGGUUUUCAUUAUACCGGUCAUAAACCGGAUCAAGAACGUGAAAUUCCUGAUAUAUUCGGAUACGGGUCUGGUUCUUCUCCUGAGUCGAAUAUAACGUUGUUGAAUUUCUCAAGCGAAUGGAUAAAGGAAGAUCAGAGCUUUUGCAUAGGUUUGCAGAAGUAUCCUUCUUUGGAGAUUGACUGGGAGGCUAUAGAUAAACUCUCUGAAUCCGUCUAAGCUUUUAAAACUCAUUCGUUUAUAAUUGUUUUAGAAGUUUAUAUGUUUUGAGCUUUGUAAUAGAAUUUCUUGAUGCAGAGGAACACUGAACCUAGCUAAGUUUAUGUUUUGUUUUCAUUUAUAAUGGUCUGAAUUUUAAUGGGCCAUGUUUAUUGGAAAACCCAAUAUCUUUGUAAUGGUAUGGACAUUUGCUAUCACGGACAAUAAUAAUAUUUGUAAUGGUACGGACAUUUGCUCGUUUGUUCCUUGUUUCUUAAAGCAAUUACAACAACGAUCAUAACAAUUAAAUUUGUCUAGGGAAUUACUCUUCACAUGCAUAUACAUGCACAUUUAUACAUAUGUGGUAUGUUCAUGAUCCUUUUUAAGUUAAGAGGUUAAUAUGAACAUUGAUGCUUGAGAUUAGACUGAUCAAAGAUCUCGAAGCGUGGACCGACAUUUCCAAUGUUGAAACGUGUAAGAAAUUUACAGAUAAAUAUGCGCAUGGUGGGAGCCUGAGCGGCCAAUGAUAUGGACAUAAAGAGAACACGUCCCUACUCAACGUUUGUUUUCAUGCGGUGCAAGCAUAGCAACAAAGGGAAAAAUUGUACUUUUAACCUUAUUUUGUGGUUAAAAAUGUACUUUAAUUCACAAGAAGAUUUGGAAGUUGGAGAAGUAGUCAUUUCUGAGUCAUUGUCAGCAAAAUACUCUCUAUGUUUUCAUGUCGUGGAAAAAGGAAUGGACCCAUCAAGGAUGUGUGUCUAAAUCUCACUAGUCGACAAUCUACAUCCUAUUAAGCAAUAAAUUAUUUUUAGUUAACUCCUUCCUUCUUAGUUCUUAUUUAAGAUGUUUCAAAAGAAAAGAAAUUGUUUCAUUUAUUGUAUUUUAAAAUUUUCGUAAAAUUUAUUUUAUUUUUGCAACCAUAUAUGCAAAUUUCAUCAUGUUUUAAAUUAAAUACUAAAAACGUAUUUUGAUAAUAAAACUAUAUUAUGUGUAUUUUAAAUUUGGUGUUUUAGUCCAAAAAGAAGUAGUAUGUUUCUAGUGGAAUUAAAAAUGAAUGUUACUUAAGAAUUUUUAUUUACGGUUUACAAAUUUGUAUUGGUCAAUAUUUAGAUGCAUGAUUUUUAAAGAAUGGUUCCAGCAUUUGGAAUGAAACAUUCUUUUUUGAACAGAUAAACUAUAAUACGUUCUGCAAGAUGAUGCCGGAAAAAGAACAUUUUACAAGAUUACUGAUGAAGAUAAAAACAGCAAUAUAGGACAGAAAAUGUAGAUUUUACAAAAGGUAUAUACACAUUCCCAUACUUUCCCUUAGUUUACAAGGUAAAAAAUGCCUUUAGAAUUAGAAGGCUAUAAAAGAAAGAAAAAUAUAUCCCUGAUUGACAAAAGUUCUUGUUCAUAUUUUUCUUAAGGGAAUUAUGAUGAACAAGAUCAACCAAUAUAUAAGGGCACGUUAAGGAUUUUCCCUUGUAUAUCUUGUAAAAUGUUCCGUUAUAGGUUAGGGAUAUACAUCAUCUAUAAAUAUAUACUAUAUGCUGAUGAUUAUUUUUACUAUGAUAUUACUCCAUUGCCCCCUUCAUGAUCAUUGUUGAAUUUGUUUCCACUCCACCAACCGUCGCAAGAAAUC